CUGAUUGGGUGGGACGAGUGCCGGGCGCGUCCGAACGCCGUGCGUAUAAAGUUCUUUCCGGGAGUUUGUUAGUUUGAAGCCACCUGCUGCAGGGAGUUAGUUAGCUGGAAGGACAUGCGGCGGUGUUUUAACUGCAUGGGUUAAAGAAGCUCGCGUGUGUGAAGUGAAAUAGGGCAAACAGAAACGAAAAUUUACUGGUUUUUUCUCCUCCUUUUUUUUUUUUUUUUUUUUUUUUUUUUUUUUUUACACUUGUGCCAAACAUAUAUGCUUAAAGUCAUCAGGAAAUCCGAUUUUUAUUUAUUUUUAGUAUUUAUUAAGUUUUUGAAGUAUUAAAAUGCUCUUGCACCAGUUCAUGAACGGGGUUUCGGACGCGAUGCCCCCCGCGGGCCACAAGGACACCACGUUCACCAAGAUCUUCGUGGGGGGGCUGCCCUACCACACGAACGACGCCUCCCUCAGGAAGCACUUCGAGGCGUUCGGGGACAUCGAGGAGGCCGUGGUCAUCACGGACCGACAGACGGGCAAGUCCCGGGGAUACGGCUUUGUGACCAUGGCGGACCGAGGGGCUGCUGAGCGAGCCUGCAAAGACCCCAACCCUGUCAUUGAUGGCCGGAAGGCCAACGUGAAUCUGGCGUACCUGGGCGCCAAACCUCGCAGCUUGCAGACAGGAUUCUCCGUCGGGGUGCAGCAGAUCAGUCCUGCUCUCAUCCAGAGGCAUUAUGGGCUUGCCCACCAGUACAUCUAUCCCCAGGCCUUCGUCCAGCCCAGCUUGGUACUGCCCGCCCAAGUUGCCACCCCCUCCUCUUCCUCAAUCAGCUCUGCCUACUCGGACUACAGCGCUGCCUACACCCAGUAUGCCGCCACGGCCGCCUUCGAGCAGUAUCCCUACGCCGCCUCGCCGGGGUUCCUGGGCUACAGCUAUGCCCCCAGCCCUGCCCCAGCUACCGCUGGCCCCACCCAACUCCACCAGUCCCUCCCAGCAGCCGCUGCAUUCCUCCAAUACCCUACGCAACAGGUGCAGCCUGACCGCAUACAGUGAAGAAUUGGAUGGGGCCACAUUGAGUGUGGGUGGAGCUGGUGAACUCUGACAUCACGAAGAACCCACCAACCCCCUAGUAGCCUCAACAGCUAUUUCAGAGGCCGCCUAGAAGCACACAGCAAUAUUGCAAAUUAUUGUUCAUUUUGGUGGUAUUGCAAAGUUUCAACAUUAUUAUUGAGUAAUUUCAAUCAAUGGAUGCUUUGGCUCGCUUAUUGUCCAUCGAACAUCCAGGCAGGAGGUCACACCUUGGCUGGGUUUGGGAGGGUAUCCAGGGGGGGGGCACUGAAAAGGACUCUGCUGCUUAGGAAUUGGGAGGGGAGGGGGAUGCUCACUUGGAGAUGCUGAGACUCUGACACUCAUGGUACCUUUUUUAUGUACAUGUAAUACAGCCUUAAGACUAUUUGUAGUGUUAACUGCUCUUUCACAGCCCUCCCACCCUGCCAACUGUGAAUGUCAUCAUAACCAUCAUUAUUGUCAUUGUUGCUAUUUUAGGAGACUAGCGCUCAGUGUCUGUCUGUGCUGGGUUUUCUCUCCUGGCAGAUUGUUCUAGAUGGAUCUAGAUAAUCACAGCUCAUUCCGUAUGCAACAGGGCAGCUGCGUUUUGCAGGCGCAGCUCGAAGGAACACGCAAGGUAGCCAACACUGUAAAACAUGUGUUUUGUACAACUGUUAAUCAAAGGUGGAUUUUUUUUUUGGAAAGGACAUUGCUGAGCAGUGGCUGUGCUGUUCUAGGGUAAACUUUUACAGUAUUUAUGUUGACAUAUUUAAAUGAAGACCUAACUUAAACUCAAAGCAGUUUUUUUUUUUUUCCUUCUUCUCCUCCUCAGUUUUGUUUUAAAGUUUUUAAUGUAGUCCUCAGGAUCCUGCUAGGGUCACAUUGCAGUUCCUGGGGCAUUCCGGAGGGCUGAAGUGUCAAAUGGCACAAAUCCAUGUUGUCUAUCAGCGUCUCGCUGGCACUGUUGUUCUUGGACUUUUUCCAUAUUUUAUUUACUUCUGAAGAAGCCAUACCAAGAAUUUGUGGAAAAAUAAAGAAUUUGCAAAUG